CCACCGGCUCACGCAGAUCCGCCCCCUCCGCUAUAUAGACCCACCACAUCUGAACCCUCCUCUCCUCUAGCCGCACUGCGCGCCUCCCCUCCCCUCGUCUCGCCGCCGCUUCGUCGCCGCCGCCGCAGCAUCAGCCGCCUCCUCCCCGCGGAAAUGCCGUUCAAGAGGUUCGUGGAGAUCGGGCGGGUGGCCCUGGUGAACUACGGCAAGGACUACGGCCGCCUCGUCGUCAUUGUCGAUGUCGUCGACCAGAACAGGGCACUUGUGGAUGCCCCUGAUAUGGUCCGCUGCCAGAUAAACUUCAAGCGGCUUUCUCUGACUGACAUUAAGAUUGACAUCAAGCGUGUCCCUAAGAAGACCACCUUGAUUAAGGCAAUGGAGGAAGCUGAUGUGAAGAACAAGUGGGAGAACAGCUCAUGGGGUAAGAAACUGAUUGUCCAGAAGAGGAGAGCAUCCCUCAACGACUUUGACAGGUUCAAGGUUAUGUUGGCGAAGAUCAAGCGUGGCGGCGCUAUCAGACAGGAGCUUGCUAAGCUUAAGAAGGAGGCUGCUGCGUAGAUCAUUUUGGUGGUGAUCAGUUGAGAUUUUGAUCAAUGAUGUUUGAUGUCCCUAAAUAUGAAACAUUGUGCCAGCCACUGUUAUUGGGAUCUCAUGAAAAAUUUAAGUUUUGAACUCCUGUGUUUAGACCUUGUGCCACAAAUUCUAUUCAGAAUCUAAGAUAGUAUGCCAUAUGUUGUGUGAA